UUUCUGGAUCCGCCCCUGUCUAGAGGCUAGCUUGGCCUGUGUAGGAAGUCUGUGGAGAAACUGUCGCGAAAAUCAUAAAGUUUGGAGCUUUCUCCACUGAUAUAUUAUACUGAGCUGGAGAAGCUGCAGGAAGUCUUUUUAGCGGGAGCAGUGACAGUUGUGAAAACCAGACGCGCCAGAAAUUCACAGUAUACGGAACUAAUGUUCAGCAUCAGGAAGCUGACCUGGCUGUGCGCCAUUAUAACACUCUCCUUUAAUGGCCAUGUGCUGGGUGAAGACAGUGCAAAGAUGACAGUAUAUGGACUCCAUACUGGCGAUGGCUCAACCAUUACACUGUGUCCAAAUGACACCUACCUCAUAUACAUAGAAUGCGACGUGACAGGCUUUUCACUUCAGUGGCAAUUUGGGCAACUAGGGAACCCAGUGUCAUUCACUGCAGAUGUUGAGGUUGGUCGGGAGGAACACAGGUCACCAUCACAGUCACACUCACAGAGAAGCUCCCUGACAAUAUGAACUCUAAAUAUAAGUCUCAACUCAAGACAUUCAGUGAUGAACUAAGAAACACUCUUGAUACAGACAGGGGUAUGGAACUUUCUUGUUCAGCAUCACCGAAUGUAAAAGACACAGUCUCCAUUGUAGUUCCAGUUGAGCACAAACCAUCGAUUGACAAUGCCAGCCUCAUGGGGGAAUGAACUGAAAGUUAUGUGGUCAACAACAACAAGUGAUAUUGUAACUAUUGCUGUAGUUAUUGAAAACAUUGAGAAGGGGUUUCAGAGCACAACGUUUGUUGAAUGGAACAAGAGGGAAGAGACAAUACUAGUUGAAACUGAUGCAAUUCCUUACAAUGCCGCAGUUAUUGUGUACGAUAGAUGCCGAGAAAGUUACAAGUCUGACGUUUAUACAGUAAAUCCUAUUUUUGUUGACCCAACUAGUGUUACCCCCACAUCAACACCAACCCUCCCUUUACUGCCAUCCAAUGUGUCAGGCAGAUUUCCAUCCUUACCAGAGAGUAUGUCUACACCUUCAGUUGUUUUGUUCACACCUCCUACUUCUCAACAGGAGUGUAACACAAGAGACACUGCAGUGGUCGGAUUAUCCAUAACUCUAGCCCUUGCUUUUAUUUUUAUCAUGGGUCUUGGAGGAAUUCUCAUUUUUGUUAUUUGGAAGAAAACAUCUGCAUCUUCUCAAGGUGGAUUUUCACAUAAAGGUUUUGAGUUAAAAGAGCCAAGAGAGAAUGAAAGGGAUUAAUGACAAUUUAGUGGUACCAGCUUGUUUCAUAAUUAGCUAUAUACCAGCAAGUAUAACUUUUUUUAGUAGCACCA